AUGCUUGAGAGCUUCUUGUUGCUUGUUGUCCAAGAAAAUAUCGGUAGAUUAAAGGGAAGUGGUAUAUGGAAGAUCCCAACUGGUGCUGUUGACGAGGGUGAGAGUAUAUUUGAAGGUGCAAUAAGGGAGGUAAAAGAAGAAACUGGAAUUGAUACUGAAUUUCUGGAAGUGCUUGCAUUUAGGCAAAUACACAAGUCAUUCUUUGACAAGUCAGAGUUGUUCUUCAUUUGCAUGAUGCGCCCUUUAUCUUUUGACAUCCAAAAGCAAGACUUAGAAAUUGAGGCAGCCCAGUGGAUGCCAUUUGGAGAGUAUGCCGCUCAGCCUUCUAUUCAGAAAGAUGGUUUAUUCAAGUACAUCAAAGAUUUAUGCUUAGCAAAGGCAGAAGGAGAUUAUCAAGGAUUCACUCCUUUGCCAAUAACAUCUUCAGUUUUUGAUGAUCAUAAGAGUUUCCUCUAUUUCAGUAAGGAUGGUCUGGACCAAGAAAAUUCUGCAAUCUAA